ACGAUCUUUCUUAUUUUAAGAUAGAUUUUGAAAUUUCUAGUUGUUUUUAUACGCAAACUAGAACUUUGUCUAUGUAAACACCUUUGCGUGUACUAAAGCGAUUUCGGUCGCGCAAAAUAUAUAUUCUUCGCGUACACGCUGCUUAUCUUCUUUUUAUUCAGACCGUUUUGUUUGUAAAGUUACAAUAAGAGGUUAUGUAUAUUCAAUACCGAGAAAAUAAAAUUAAAAAAUGCAUCAAUUACGACAAUUUGUUAGAUUUUAUAAAAGUCUGUGGAAUAGCAGCAAUCAAGCAUUGAUUUAUAGAACAACAAGAAAAUUGUCAACUACAAAUAAACCAAUAAUAAUUUUAGGCAUUGAAACAAGUUGCGAUGAUACCGGUAUUGCUAUUGUUGAUAGCAAUGGGAAAAUUUUAGGAGAAGCUCAUCAUUCACAAUUGGUGAAACAUUUAAUUGAAGGAGGUAUUAAUCCAACUACAGCAAGAGAUUUACAUAAAGAAAACAUUUAUAAUGUUUAUGAGCAAUGUAUAAAGUCUGCAAAUAUAGAAUUAAGUGACGUGGAUGCCAUUGCUGUAACACUAGAACCUGGUUUACCUUUAUCAUUGAUUGUUGGAAGAGAUUUAGCCCAACAACUAUCUCGCUCAUUUAAUAAACCUGUGAUACCUAUUCAUCAUAUGCAAGCUCAUGCCUUGAUGGCAAGAAUGAUUGAAAAAGUAGAAUUUCCAUUUCUAGUUCUUCUUAUAUCAGGUGGCCAUUGUUUACUAGCCUUUGCUGAGGCUGUUGAUCAAUUUAAAAUUCUUGGACAAACAACAGACGAUGCUCCAGGUGAAGCUUUUGAUAAGAUUGGUCGAAGCUUAAAACUAAUAAAUAUUCCAGAAUAUUCACAAAUAAGUGGAGGUCAAGCUAUUGAAUUAGCUUCACUUAAAGCUGACAACCCUGAUCAGUUUCAAUUUCCUCUACCUCUAACACAUUAUAGAGAUUGUAAUUUCAGUUUUUCAGGAUUGAAAAGUGCAGCUAAACGUUUCAUAAGUAUUGAAAGAGCAAAACAUAAUCUAACAGAAGAUGAGCUAAUUCCAAGUAUGAACAAUCUUUGUGCUGGUUUUUUACAAAUAAUUAUUCGGCACAUAUGUAUAAGAACAGAAAGAGCAAUGGAAUUUAUUGAGAAAAGAGAAUUAAUAUCCAAGAACAAGAAAACAUUGAUUGUAUCUGGUGGUGUAGCUUCAAACAACAUAUUUGCCAAAUGUUUAGAAAAACUUUGCUCCGAAAGAGGAUAUAAAUUUAUAAGACCACCUCCAAAACUCUGCACGGAUAAUGGGAUUAUGGUCGCAUGGAAUGGAAUUGAGAAAUAUAAUGCAGGUAUUGGAGUACUGAGAAAUCCAGAAGAAAUUGAUGCAAUUGAUAUCAGACAUAGAGCUCCAAUAGGAGAAAACUGGAGUAAAAUUUUAACAGAUGAGGGAAUAAAACGAAAAUGGAUAAAAAUUUAUUUACGAAACAUUAUAGGUAGAUAGCUAUUUAAUAUUCAAGUCAUACUGUACAUACUGUAAAAAUAUAAUAAACUUUUUACAACUAGCUGAUAAUAAUUAUAAUUUAAUUAUUGGUAAAAAUUUAAUGAAAACCAUCAAAUCAUUCACACAAGUACGGGAGCAUGUAA